CGACAAGGCGAGGCAGCGAGCUGGCGGGGCUCAGGCGCGCAGCCGAGGUGGAGGCCGCGCCAUGAUGCUCUGCUGCUGCGCGCGCGACGAGGCCCUGACGCGGGGGAACAAAGGCGGGCCUCGGCUGCCUCCUGACCUCCCACUCCCACCUCCUCCUGGCUCCUGCACCUCACACUCCUGUCCCUCCUCGUCGCCGCAUGCUGCGCGGCACCUCGCGCCUCGGCGCCUCGGCGCUGCGGCCAUGCCUCGCCUCGGCCUCCGCACCACGCGCCGCGCCCGCCCUGGUGCGCCAUGCCUCGCGCCUGCCCACGCCCUCGGCACGGCCCUCGCGCGUCGUGCGCCGCACGCAUGCCGAGCACAACGCACCCACGGCGGCUCAUGCGGCACGGCCAUCGCAUGGGCGGCAGCAUGGUGAAGCGAGCGAGAGCAGCGCUGCGUCAGCAGCAGCGGCGCAGCCAUUGCAAGCCACCGAUGCAGCUCCAGCAUCGACGCCUGGCAGCAGCAGCAAGCCGCUCUCCUUCGAAGACGCCGUCGCCUCGCCCUCCUCUGCCGCAGGCGUCGAGCUGUCAGCCAAGCUCAGCGAGGCGCUCUCCGCGCCCGUCUCGCUGCCGCACGACGAGCAUGCCGUGCUCGACCCCUCGGAGCACAAAGCUGUCGCGCACCUGCUGGGCCAGAGCGCCAUCGUCGUGACGCGCCAGGUGGAGAUGAUGAACAUCUUCCUCGGCUACGAGCAGGCGAACCGCUACCAGCUGCUCUCGCCGGACGGAGAGGCACUGGGGUUCCUCCUCGAGAGCGAGGGCAGCAUCACCAGCACGAUGAGUCGCCAACUGCUGCGCAACCACCGGCCCUUCAAGGCCCUCGUGCUGGCGCCGGACGGCUCGCCGCUGCUGCGCGUCCAUCGCGGGCUCACAUGGAUCAACAGCACGACGCGCAUCUUCGCGUUGCCGCCGAACACGGCGCCUGGCACGGGCGAGGAAGUGGGCGAGGGAGAGCGGCUGAUUGGCGAGGUCAAGCAGGUGUGGCAUGCGUGGCGGCGCCGCUAUGAGCUGUUCAGGCCGGACCAGGAGGGAGAAGAAGGCGCGAUGAGACAGUGCGCCAACGUCGAUGGUGGCCUGUUGACGUGGGACUUCAACCUGCAAGACGAGCAGGGAAGGACCGUCGCCAGCUGCAGCAGGAACUUCCGCGGCUUUGCGCGCGAGCUCUUCGCCGACGUCGGCCAAUACGUCGUUUCGUUUGAGGCGACACAGCCCAAUGCGGGCGCACUGCCGAUGCCGGAGAACAACGACGACAAGGCGCUCGUGCCCUCUUCCGAGGCCGUGCGUUCGCUGCCGCUCGACGAGCGUGCGCUGGCGCUGGCGCUGGCCUUCACGCUCGACGUCGACUACUUCUCACGGCACUCUUCGGCGGGCCAUGGCGGCAUGAUGCCGUGGCUGUGGAUGCCGGGCACGGGCGGCAGCACCGCGGGCACGAGCAACGAGCCGGCGCCGCAACAAGGCCAAGGCCAAGACUCGCGCGACAUCGGGCCCACGAGCGAGAUGCCGGGCACGACGAGCGCCGAUGCGGGCGGCCUGGGCGGCGCAGCGGGCAUGGUGGGCUACGAUGCGUGGUCGCGCGGCUCGGACGACGGCGCGACUGUGCGGCCCGAUGCUCAGGCGCCACCUACCUCCACGCAACAGCCGGACGCAUGGGGCUCGGGCACGGACGCCGAUCCCUGGGGCGCGCCGCCGUCAUCUGGCGACUCCUCUCAAAGCGGCGGUUGGGACGCUGGCAGCGGCCAGGUCGGCGCCGGAGAGGAGACGUGGGGAGAGGGCAGCGAGCCCUUCGAGGACGCUGCCGGCAGCCUCGGCGACGGCGGCGGUGGUGGAUGGGGCAUCGGCGACUUGUUCGAUGGCUGGGGCUCUUAGACUGCAUGGACUGCAGCUUCAUCUCUCACUCUCGUCUGCACGCUGGCGCUCCGAGCAAUACCACCUCUCUUGGCAGAUCAGCGUGAACAGAUAGCAAUCUAUGGCACACGAGGCAUACAGC